AAGUGAGUAAAUCGAAGGAUUGACAUUUACCAGGAACAAGAAUACUAACUUCAAAAUCUGAAAAUGAGACGCUUGUUCUCCAGUCGUUCAAGAACCAAUGGUGGAUUAAUGAUACUUCUAUUUCUGGCCUGCCUUUAUAUGACGAUUUAUCUUAGUAGAACUAGCUCCACCCAGCAACAAAACAUUAACAUCAAUUUGUUCCAUGAUCGUGAUUCCGUCCGUACACCAGCACCAUUAAACCAAAACGACUUGUCACUAAACGAGGACGACAUAUCACAUUUUCCUAUACAGCUUCCCACCAUUGAUGACUGUUCUCCUCCAAAGUUUGACGGAAACUGUAGACCUCUAGGGUUCAACUCGGGUCCUAUCCCACUGACUGCCUUGGCAAGCUACCCAGGGUCUGGCAAUACAUGGAUGAGGCAUAUCAUAGAACAGAUAACAGGAAUCUAUACAGGGUCCAUAUACAACGACAAGAGUUUACAAACUUUCAAAGGGGAAGGGAUAACAAACAGUUCUGUAGUGGUCGUGAAAACACAUCGAAGCCCUCGCAACAGCCUGGAUGAUUUCACCGUUUCGUUUGAUAAAGCUAUUGUGAUCCUGAGGGAUUUGGCCAACGCAAUGGUCUCAGAGUUUGUUCGACAUUUUUCCAAAAGCCACAAUAAAGAAAUAAAAGAUUUGGAUGGCUUUUUCAAUGAGCAUGAAAGAGAUCUCUGGACUUUUACUAUUCUUCAACCAGAUAGAUGGCAGAAGUUGUAUAAGUUGUGGCUACAUGACUUUAAAGGUGAUGUUCUCCUUGUUAAGUAUGAGGAUCUAGUGGAGGAUUUGAGGCCACAACUUUUAAGGAUUGUAAAGUUUCUGGACAUUGAUGUAACUGAUGACGUCAUCGAUUGUGUUGUAUGCAAUUCAGACGGACGCUUUCGAAGGAAACAUUCAAACAAAACGUUUACUCCUUUUUCUAUAGGACGGAGAAAAAACUUGAAUUUUUUCAUAACUCAUAUUAACAAAAAAUUGCCAGAAUAUUGUAACAAAUCAAACGUCCAGUGUUCUGGGUCCUUGCACUAUCCUCACUAUAGUAUAACUUAAAAGGCGUACGCCAUUAUGAAUAGCGAGCGUAAAUAUGUCAACGGGUCAAUUUUUUAUGAGAGGACCAUAUGUAUUGUGAAGAAUGAAUAUUACAAAUAGUUUCAUGGAAGUUUCGAAAAUAAAUCUGAUUUUUAUAAA